UGUACCUCCGUCCCAUUAAGGAAACUUUUCUUGCAAAGGCACGAAAAUAAACGGGUCUUUGCUGAGCAUCUGCCCUCUCCUUCAUUCUCGUCUUCACAACAAAAAAAACAGUUCAGAGGAUCUGAGGAAGGAAGGAAGGAAGCUGUCCUCCUAGAGAUCUUUGCUGGUGCAUCCUGCCAAUAUCCUGAAUUUCUGCCUUCCUGGGGCCCUAUAACUCAUCUGCCUUCUACCCUCCCGGAGGUGGGGUGUGGUGGUUAGGUAAGGGUCAUCCAGACUUCUUCACUAAUGGCUUUCAUGCCCAGGUUGCUCAGAGGCUUGCAUCCUCACCAAUGGACCUGCUUGGUUUUGGUUAUGCAGCCUUUGUGACAAUUGGAAGUAUUUUGGGAUAUAAGCGAAGAGGUGGAGUUCCAUCUUUGAUUGCUGGUCUUUCUGUUGGCCUUUUGGCUGGCUACGGAGCCUACCGUGUCUCCAAUGACAGACGGGAUAUCAAAGUGUCACUGUUUACAGCUUUCUUCCUGGCCACCAUAAUGGGUGUGAGAUUCAAGAGGUCUAAGAAAAUAAUGCCUGCUGGUCUGGUUGCAGGCGUAAGCCUCAUGAUGAUCCUGAGACUUGUCCUGCUGUUGCUUUAGCACCUAGAGGAGUGAAGAACCAAACUCCCAUCAUUCUACUGUGCCUGGAAGGCAAGGUUCUUGCACUUAAAAGAGCAACUUAAAUAGAGUGGUAAAUGUCUUAAUGUUGAAAUGAAAAUAAUGUUGUUCACCCUAAUAUUUAAAAAUAAUUGUCAGUGUUUAUUUGACAAUUUUUUAAAGCACAAAUUUUAGCUGUUUCUAUUUGUCAGUCCUAGUCUUUAAUGAAUUGUUAUGUAGUCUUUUUGCUUUGCGUCGUUUUAUAUGUGGAAUUUGGGGGUUGUUUUUUGCUUUUGACAAUUCCAGACACUUAUGACUCAAGUCAAAUAAGUUUAGGUUAAACUGCAACCUGUCAGAUAAUGGGUUUCCUGGAGUGAACCACAGAGAAUGUUAAUGACUUGUUUACCUCUUUGGUACAUUAGGGAUUUUCUUUGUAUUGUUGGGGUGGAGGAGUGGGUUGCAUUGAAGGAAUUGUAUUCUCAGCACAUCAGUGUCCUAACAGAACGUAUUCUGUAUUCAAAUAAAAUACAUUUUAUUUUAAA